UCUCCGCGUCUCCAGGGCAGAUCUGCCAAGGGCUCUGAAAUUCGCCGAGGGAGGAACAUGCCCCCCUGGAGCAUUCAUUUCCAGGGACGAACUUUCCCACCCGGGCUAGGACCCUCCCCGCGCCCAGUAGUUCCCAGGCUGGUGCGCACGCACCGCACGGGUUUCUCGCCUUCUCCCGAAGCCCUAGGGAUGCCCUGGCGGUUCCUCCUAGGACGGCGCCCCGCCUCGCCUCUGUCCCCAGGGACCGACCCUGAGGACCUGCCCUUGUCCCUCUCGUGGGCCUGGGCUCUGCCCGGCGGCGCGAGGCGCAGUGCGGGCGGCUGCAGUGGCGGCGCCCCUCCCGGACUUCGGAAGGGAGUGCGGAGGUUUGGGGGGACCCAUGCAACCCUCUUCAACCCCUGAUGGAGCAGGGACAUGUUCUCAGUCUCAAUCCCGCAGACUCAGGUCCUCCCACCCUCACGCCGCCGUGGAAGAGCUGGGCUUGGGAACACCCGCGGGGGUGGGGGGGCACCUCCCGCUAUCUGGGUGCUUCUGUCUGGAAAGCAAAGUUCAGGUUGGACUCUGGCCACGAAGGCUCUGCGGGCCCUCCCCCACGCUCACCACAACAGCGCAGGGCUGCCUCACUCCGGGAAAGAAAAACAGGACACUGAAUAGGGGACCCGACUCCGAUGAGUAGAAUGGCCAUGCAGGGUUAAAUCUCUGCAUUUUGGAGAGGGCAUGCCAGGCGAAGUAGGAGCACUGGCAGAGACCUUACUUUCCAGUGUCUCCUGGGCAAGUCGCCAUUGCCUCUCCAGCCUGCCAGUGAUAACAUCUGUGAACUUGAAGGUCUGCCCCUGUGCCUUCCCUGCCGUUGGUUUGGAGCAUCUUCAAGAAAGCAACGGGUGUUUGGUUUCAGAGACCAAAGGCCCCGGCAGCAUGCAGGAAGCAGCGUGGAGACUGCAGAGUCCUCCUGGAGAACACGGUGACCGUGACAAUUCAAGACAGCAUGCUCCUUUGGGAUGGUUUUCAGACGCACAAUCUGUAGCUACAUCUGCGAUCGGAGGCCACGUAGAAGCUUCAGGCAGUGAAAGUCAUGAAUCUCUUAUGGGAGAAUGGGGAUUCCAAAAAGGACGAGAGAUGCCUGCUAACGCAGCUCCAUGUUUGGCAGAGACGCUGCCUUCUAGCAACCUGCUCAUGGACAGAGGUGAAGAAGACGUGAGCCUUGCCCAGCUGGACAGACAGGACUCGGAGGACUGGGAGAUGGUGUCCAGGCACUCGUCUUGGGGGGAUAUUGGCUUGGGUGGCAGUCUUGAGGCUCCAACGUUAAGCCCGAACCAGGCAGCGGACUAUGGCAGAAACAGUCUUGUGGAAGCAAGUGGUCAGGAAGUGGAUGUUAAGACAAAAAGGGUAGUAGUGAUGACUUCAGAGUCUCAGCAAGUUAGUGUCAGGUUCCAGAUCCAUUAUAUCACCAGCACUAGGGUGCAGUUCGUUGCCGUCACUGGAGACCAUGAGAGGCUUGGGAGGUGGACCACUUACCUCCCCCUCCAGUACAGCUCGGGGGGGCUCUGGUCUCGUUCUGUCUCCCUGCCAGCAGAUACAGUGGUCGAGUGGAAGUUUGUGGUGGUGGAGAACGGGCAAGUUACUCGCUGGGAAGAAUGCAGCAAUAGGCUGCUGCAAGUUGGCCGCGAGGAUACGUUGGUUCACAAGUGCUGGGGGGUUCACUGAUGGGGUUUGCAGGGGAUUGAAGAAACCGUUGCAGAAUGUGGAAGGGGCUCAGGUUGAGCACACUCAAUAAUCGGAAAUAAAGGAAGUAUAACUCCAAGUUUAGCCGCGUUGUUUCAGAUUUGCUAGUGGCUUUUGUUUAAUGUGCAGAAGUAUGUACGUGGAUAAUGCUUCCAGUGAGUGCGGGCUUUUUCUGUGGCCGUGGUGGAUGGAUUAUGCUGACCCAUCAAUACUAUAGGGCUUGGUCCCCUUGGGGAGUGACGUGGCUAAGCUUGGUCAGGGAGCACAAAAGCUAACCACUGCAAGGGUUCAAGCUUGAGCCUUUGGGUGAUCCUUAAAGCAGGGGAGCGAAACAAGUUGAUGUCCUUGUGGUGCAGCUGGAGAAACGUGCUUUUUACUACAUGUACUAUACACUUUAUGUUUAAAAAUAGUUGCCACCAUAUGGAACUGUGAGCAGAAAACAUCUGGUCAACUAGAUGUGAUUAGGAAGGUUAUGAGAUUUCCCAAUGUUUUUGGCUUGAUUUUACUUGCCUGGUAUGGUUUGAAGGUAGCAAGUAUGUCUUUGUCGUGUGAUCGAAGGCUAGUGUAGAAACAAGGGCCUAAUCAGAGUCCAUCAUCAAGAGCAGCCCAGGAGGAAAGGGAACAGAAAUGGGGUUGAGGUGUGGGCUAGCCAGGUGGCCUGAAUGCUAGCUCUUAGAGCACUGGGAGGUACAGGUAGACACACCUGACCUCAGGGAGGGACACACCCAUCAUUUACUCCUGGGCUGUUGUGGAACCAUCUGUGCCCACGGCAAGGACCAACUGGGGGGUGGGCUGUCCCACAGCAAUGGUUUCACCCGCUCCCCUCUCCUUUCAUAUUAGUGGCUGUCUUGGGUAACCAAAUGCAGCAGGCCAAUGAGAGAGAAGGGUGUCUUUGCUCUGAGAAGAAAUAAGCAUUCAAACUUUGCUAUUAUAACCAAAAUAAUAAAACCAGAGUUUUAAUAUAUUUAUUAAAUGUCUGGAUUAUUUGUCUAAAUCUUGGUACCAUAAUAGCUUUGAUAUAAAAAUACUAAUAUUUUCCUUCAUUAAUAACAGACAAAGAGAAAAAGCAAACACCAGGAGACAGAGAAGUCUGUUUUUCUCCUCCCUUUGGAGACACAGUUUUAGAAUAUUUCUUGUAAAACUGUACCUUUAGAGGGAUAGUAUGCAUGCCUGUACUUGAAAAUGAACUCUUAUAUGUUAAAACAACUUUAAGUAAGUGUUAACACCUUUUGGUGAAACAUUGUUUAAUUUUGGUUACAGAUGAUCUUUGCAGAAAAAAAGCUUAAACCCAACUGAAAAUAGUGUCAGAAAGUGCUUAAAAGAGCUAUGUCUGAUUUUUUGGCUCAUAGCAUUAUUAUGUUAAGUUGCUGUGUACUUCAUAAUGAAGUCAACAUUCUACCAGUGAGGCAUUUUCUGUUACUGCCCAGAAUGCCUAAGCAUUUCUAUUUGGUAAAAUUAAAGGUAAAACAAUUUAUAAUAAAAAUCUUUAGAGUUCUCUUAUUCGCCAUUUUAUCAUUACCUGAUGAAAUAAAAGUUAAUCUUUCAGUAAAUCCAAUUGCUUUAAGAGAUACUUACAAUACUACUCAUUUUUUAAAAUUUUAUUAAAAAUUGAUUGCUUAGAGUACUAAUGCUGUCAUUUAGAGGAGAAACAUGACGUGUGUGUGUGUGUGUGUGUGUGUGUGUGAGAGGGUCUGUAUGCCCUACUAGUUUAUUACCUGCACUGGACAGGCUGGCACCUGCUGCCGCACAGGCACCAUCCCUGCGAGAAGGCUGUGGCAAGUUUAUUUCUUACUCACGAAGCAGUGGGCACUGGGUUUUCCUGGCAGGAGGGCAGCUCUUGUAGAGACUGUCACCUACUGUCCCCUGGGACCUCCCUGUCCUCGGUGGCCAGCCCACAGGAGGGGAAAUGAAAUGAAACCAUGAAGGCUUACUAGGACUUUUGUCCGCAAGCAAGGUGCCUGUGGUGGAGGGCAGGGGGCUGGGAGACAGCCUCCAGCUCGGCAGUGAGGUCUGUGCCAGGCAAGGAGUGGGUGCCAACUGUUUGGGACAGCCAGCCUCCUGCCACAUGGUCCCUACUGUCUUUGGCACAAUUGGAACAUUUUUGUAUAUGUUCUUGUCUCAUUUUGUUUGGUUCACACAUGUGGCAUAAUAUGGUAUAAUAAAUAUAUUUAGUCUUUGUCCCAGGUUCCUGGCACUGAGCUCAUUAAACCCUUGGAAUUUCUUGAGACCAGGGAGUGUCUUUUGUUAUUCACAGUGAGGCCCUGUGAUCACACCUGAGUUUAUGCUAAUGAGGCGAUUUAUGGGGGAGCCCUUAUAUAUCCCUGGGGUGAAGCUGGUCACCAGAAAGUAGUAGUGAUUAGAGGUUUGGAACUUUCAGCCCCACCCACCAAUCUCUGGGACAGGGUGGAAGACAGGAGAAUGAGCUCUAAAAACCCUUGAAUAAGUAAAGUGCCCAAUGAAGAUGAUUUGGUCAACCAUGGAAUGGAUUAUAAUGGAACUGAAAAAUACCUGUCACCUAGUGAGGUGGUGGCCAUCCUCACAUCAUAGCAUAACUCAUGUACUUGCGGUGAUGCUGGUGUGAACAAACCAACCACGCUGCCAAUCGUAUCAAAGUACAGCACGUACAAUUAUGCACAGUCAUAAUACUUGAUAACAAUAAUAGAUGACUAUGUUACUGGCUUAUGUAUUUACUACACUAUACUUGUUAUCAUCACUGUAGAAUGUACUCUUUCUACUUAUAAAAAAAAGUUCACUGAAAAACAGUAUGCUCUGUUACUCUGGCAGCAGCCUCAUCUCAUGUUUACUAAGUCUCUUGAUUGCA